AAAUGAAUUCAAUCACCAUUUCUUACACUCAACUGCUCCACCGUCACCGGCGCCGGCGAAUAUGGCCUCCAAAUUAGGGUUUACCAUAACUUCUUCUCGGUUUUUCACUGCUCCGAUUCGAAGACCGUCUGGUGGUUUAUGUUUAUCUGGUUAUCAUCGGUUCUCUGCGUUGAAGAUGCAGUCGGUUCAGUUGAUCGGAAGAGAGUUUGCGAGUCAACGGAGGUUGAUUAUGAUUAGAGCUACAACUGAUCAGCCAGGUCAAGUUAAAGAAGAUGAAGUUGUUGACAGCAACAUAAUGCCUUAUUGCAGUAUCGAACAAAAGAAGAAGACAAUCGGAGAAAUGGAACAAGAAUUUCUUCAAGCAUUACAAUCAUUCUAUUAUGAAGGAAAAGCGAUAAUGUCAAACGAGGAAUUUGAUAAUCUCAAGGAAGAACUAAUGUGGGAAGGAAGCAGUGUUGUAAUGCUAAGCUCUGAUGAACAGAAGUUUCUAGAAGCUUCAAUGGCUUAUGUAUCUGGUAAUCCAAUUAUGAGUGACAAAGAGUUUGACCAAUUAAAGAUGCAAUUAAAGAAAGACGGAAGUGACAUAGUAGCUGAAGGUCCCAGAUGCAGUCUUCGCAGUAGAAAGGUUUACAGCGAUCUCACUGUUGAUUACUUCAAGAUGUUCCUCAUAAACGUACCAGCUGCUGUUGUCGCAUUAGGAUUGUUCUUCUUCCUAGAUGACAUUACUGGGUUUGAAAUCACAUACCUUUUGGAGCUUCCAGAGCCAUUUAGUUUCAUCUUCACUUGGUUCGCGGCUAUACCGUUGAUAUUGUGGUUAUCGUUUACACUAACCAACGUCAUUGUGAGGGAUUUCUUGAUAUUGAAGGGCGUUUGUCCAAACUGUGGAACAGAGAAUACGUCAUUCUUUGGAACAAUAUUGUCAAUUUCCAGUGGGGGUACUACUAACAAUGUCAAAUGUGUAAACUGUCAAACGGGAUUAGUGUUCGAUAAAGAUACUCGCUUGAUAACAUUGCCGGAAGGAAGUGAAGCUUGAGUUGAGUUUGUUUGAAGAAUGAUGCUACUGUAAAUGUGCCUAGGGUUUUCAAAAAUAGUCAUGCAUUUGUUUAGGCAGUAUUGCUCAAGUGUCCAUUCACGUUUCGGUCAUAGUCGAUGUAUGUUCAUGUGUAUAACAUGAGACCAUGGAUUAUGUAUGUUCAUAUGUAUACUUUACAUUGGGUGCAUGCUAUGUUCAUAAAUGGCACUUUUAAGUAAUAACAUCCUACAUUAUACAUA